AAACCUCCCCUGCGUUGCUUCAGAGCGUCCAGCCAAAGACUUUCUCCUUUCCGUACUUUGAAGGAUCCUUUCAGCCCUUUAUCAGAUCUUCCUAUUUCCCAGCUGCCUCUGCCGUGGUGCCCAUCCCUGGCACCUUCUCCUGGCCACUGGCUGCCCGUGGUAAGCCCCGGCGUGGCAUGCUGCGCCGCGCUGUCUUCUCCGACGUGCAGCGCAAAGCACUGGAGAAGAUGUUCCAGAAGCAGAAGUACAUCAGCAAACCUGACAGAAAGAAGUUGGCAGCCAAGUUGGGCCUCAAGGACUCACAGGUGAAGAUCUGGUUCCAAAACAGGAGGAUGAAAUGGAGGAACUCCAAAGAAAGAGAGCUCCUCUCUUCUGGUGGCUGCAGAGAACAGACCCUCCCUACCAAGUUCAACCCUCACCCAGACCUCAGUGACGUAGGCAAGAAAUGUUCAGGAGAGGAGGAGGAGGAGGAAGUUUCCCCCAUAUGUCCACCCAGCCCCCGGCAUCCCUUAACCUACCACCAGUCCCAGGAACAUCUACACUUGAGGGACAGACUGGACUCCCAGAUGUCUCCUUCACCAUCCCAUUCUAGCAGCCCCAGCAAACCUUCAGACUUCUCAGACUCAGACUCAGAGGAUGAUGAAGGGGAAGAGGAAGAGGAGGAGAUAACAGUCUCUUAG